GCGGAGCGGACACCGAGCGGAGGAGCAGCGGCCGCGGCGCCACAGGGACCAGCGGCCCAGGGUCGGUCUGGGGUUCUAGCAGCCAGCCUGGCCCCCACCCGGUGGGGAAGAUGCCGGAGCAAAGCAAUGACUACCGCGUGGUGGUGUUUGGUGCUGGCGGCGUGGGCAAGAGCUCCCUGGUGCUGCGCUUUGUGAAGGGCACGUUCCGCGACACGUACAUCCCCACCAUUGAGGACACCUACCGGCAGGUGAUCAGCUGUGACAAGAGCGUGUGCACGCUGCAGAUCACGGACACCACCGGCAGUCACCAGUUCCCUGCCAUGCAGCGGCUGUCCAUCUCCAAGGGCCACGCGUUCAUCCUGGUGUUCUCUGUCACCAGCAAGCAGUCGUUGGAGGAGCUGGGCCCCAUCUACCAGCUCAUCGUGCAGAUCAAGGGCAGCGUGGAGGACAUCCCCGUCAUGCUGGUGGGCAACAAGUGCGACGAGACUCAGCGGGAGGUGGACACCCGCGAGGCCCAGGCCGUGGCCCAGGAGUGGAAGUGCGCGUUCAUGGAGACAUCGGCCAAGAUGAACUACAACGUCAAGGAGCUCUUCCAGGAGCUGCUGACGCUGGAGACGCGCCGAAGCAUGAGCCUGAACAUCGACGGCAAGCGCUCCAGCAAGCAGAAGAGGACAGACCGCGUCAAGGGCAAAUGCAGCCUCAUGUGAGGGCACCCAGGCCCCGCCCACCGCCGCCGCCGUCUCCGCCCUCCCCUGCUCCGCUCCUCCCUGCGCCACGUCCUCC